AUGGCAUCAUCAAACGUCUAUAACGAAGAAGUCGAUUCUACAGACUCGAACCCCCACCUAGACGAUUGCUUCACCUUUGAAUUUGACAACGCCAAUGGAGGCCGCGAGGUCAUCGAAUGGUAUGCCCGCACCGGUGACGCCAAUCCGAACAACACCGAGACGAGCUACGACGUCAGAGGUCGAAACUCCGCCAGCGGACAUACGUGGAUUUUCAGCAAUCAAACGGUCGAGACUUUGGAAUGGCAGUAUCAAGAAGGGUGUCAAAGGCUGUAUAGCGCGCUGACGGGAAGAGCGCCGAGGUUACCGAAGAAGAGUGAAUUCAGUAUUCCCGAGAGGACCGCUGAUGGUCGACGUUCUCCCUCAGCCGGCACGAUGGUGGCGGUCUGGAAGACCAGAGAGGGAGACGGGGAAAGGCCAACUGAGUGUGCACUCGUGAUCAGUCACUAUGAAGGGAUUGAGACUCUCGGGAAGAUGACACUUGAUCAAGUCACGGCGUGCGCUACGCAGGAUGAUGAUGUUGGCGAGGCAGCUAAAGCCCUGCUCGAAGAGCGUGAGCGUGAAGCGUAGUUGGAGGUGUUUGGUAGCCGUCUAGUAGCUAUACUGCAUGCUGCAAAUGAAGUUGUUAAUGGG